UCUAUGCACCAAGUUGCAAUUUUCACCCGAUAUAUAACCUUUGCCGAAAACCGCAAGUCGAUAUCUUUUUUAGUUUAGGAGCUAUUAAGCUCCAAAGAGCGGCCGGCCGGCCGGCCAGCCGGCCGGCCGGGAACGUAAAAUAGCCACAUAUAUAUUCGUGAUCAGGAAGUGACGAAACACAUUUUGGCCAAGUUUGAGGUCGAUCGGACGACAUGAAAUUUUGUUAGGAUUAUAGUAGCUGAGAUUGUUAAGAAUCUCACCUAAUACGAAGGGGAAGGAAAUGGUUAGAAUUAGAAAGCACAAAAGAAAUUCGCGUUGCUCACGAAGUCGCACGACUAUCCCGAAGCCACACAAAGUAUCCGAUUGAAUGACAAGAAACGUUAAAAUUUCAAAAGUGCAGAAUUGCAGAUCGAAGUUUUGCUGGGAAGUGUCUACACCGGUCUACACAUUGGAACUGAUUUCAUCAAGAAAUACUUCAAAAAGGCUUUAAAUAUAAAAUAUAAUUAUAAAACUGACUGGUUUUACUUGCAGAGAGAUUUUAUAAAAUAAAUUAAAAUAAAUAGAUGCUUUCUACUUUCACAAGGGAGGUCAGAGGUCAUCGAGUCAUCAAAUUCUGAUUGGCUUCAUAUUAAGAACAUAGACGGGGAUGGGCAUCAUAAGGAUUGUGUCAUACUCAAAAAAUGCUAAUUUUUUUCCCCUAAGAGAAGCGACCAGAAUGAUUGCAUGCAAAACUGUAUAUAAUAAAGAAAGUCCUAUAACCAGCAGAUGCAGCAGUGGCGCAGCGGGCAAGCAGACAGUGUUUAUAACGCAAUAUUAUCGAUUUUGUAAACUAUUUGUGCGUGACAAAGGACUCCUGCACGAUGUUGAUAACUAAAACAAGGUGAAUUAUUGACCAGUAUCUUGUGGGAUGUCCAGGAAGUGCUAAAAAAGACACCCAGCUCCUGCUUGUCAACAGAUUCCUCAUAAUAUUUUACACAAUAAUACUUUAAAACACAUUUCUCUCAACACGAUGUUAUUGUAGGCACAUUAAGCAUUCUCAAGAACCAAAAAAACACUUCCUUGACAAUCACAAUUCAUUAAAAUCAGGAAAAACUUCUCUGAAAGCAAUCUCACGCGCUGCCAAAUGUCAAAAUUAUCGGCCAUAUUGGCAAAAAUAUCGCUCCCGCUUGGAAUUUUAUUACAAGGUUGGUGUCAAAAGGCAAAUGGCGGGCAUUGGCGGGAUAACCUUACAUUUGACCUCUAGAUUUUUGGGGACGAGAGUACCCAUAAAGUUUGAACAAGUUUUUUGAAAAUUUAAGAAAAAAAAUUUGUUCGAAUUUAUGCAAUCUGUAAUUGUUAGUUGUCAUACUUAUUGGCCCCGAGAGGUUUUUCCUUAGUCUUGUCUAGAAAUAUCAAAAAAGUCACAAUAUCUGCAAGGAAGCAGAAAAUCGAAAAUUCACGAUUUUUGACCAAGAAUAUCUUAGCUCAGGAGUUAAUUGGGAUCCUGCAAAAAAUAUCCUAGAUUUGGACAUCCUUAUAGUUUGUAAUCAUCCACAAGAAUCGGAUUUUUAUCGAUUCUAAAUAGUCCAAAAAAAUUCUUUUUUCCAUGGGUACCCAGAGUUCCAAAGGAGACGAAAGGAGUUCAGGAUAUUACGCACGCAAUAAAUAUUCUUGACAAGGCAAUACUCCCGCGGUGAAUAUUCAAAUUCAAACAUUUAAAAUUUAGGAGAUUUUUGGGAGAUUUGAGCAUCUCAGGAGGAUCUGUCACCGAAGUGUUGGCAACACUGCUUGCUAGUAGCGCCUCUAGUAGGAUUUUUAUUUGUUUUCCAAGUGAUUUUUGCUCUGCGAAUUUCCCGCAGAAAAAUAGUAAAAAUAAAUUAAAUAAUUAGUGUAGUGAAGGAAUUUACUUCCACAAGAUGUGUAUUAUCAAUUCAGUAAUUAAUCUACCAAGUGUUUGUGAAAAUUUGUGGAUUUAAGUGUGAAAAUUCUGCAAAGGCAACACACCCAGGAAAAAUGUCAACAAAAAGGUCAUUUCUCUUCGGGAUCACCGUAGCAUCUUUGACCUGGACUAUCAGCUUGUAUCUCUACUGGAAAUUGACCCAGAACACUGAGCCCCCUGUCACUGUUAUCAGUCCAGCCGCCGACAAAUUACAGCAGCGAAAACAAGAGUUCAAUGCACUCGAUGGGAAUCAGAGGAGUUCUGGAGGCAAGAUCCAGGACAAGGAUUAUGACUUUUUCGCCCAGAAACUCCAGAUGUACAAGAAGGAGAAGAAAUUUCGGAAAAUCAGUCGAAAACUGAUUGAGGAGAUGAGACCAAUGGUGCCAGAGGUUAAAGAUGAAUUUGGCAUGGUCAGAAGUUCCAAGGAUCAAUUUGUGCGGGAUCAGGGAUACAAGAAGCACGCCUUUAACAUCCUGGUUAGCAAUCAAUUGGGUGUCAAUCGCGAGAUCCCAGAUACAAGGCACAAACUCUGCUCGCAGCAAGAUUAUCCUGAUGAUCUUCCCUCAAUCUCCAUAGUCAUGUGCUUCUACAAUGAACAUCUCAUGACCCUCCUGAGGUCAGUAAACAGUGUCCUGGUGAGAACUCCAGAAAAGCUUUUGAAGGAGAUUGUACUAGUGGAUGAUCAUAGCAAUUUGGAGGAUUUGAAGCAAUUGGAUGAAGAAAUGAGGAAGAUUGAUGUCCAGGGAAAGGUCAGGAUGCUACGGAAUAGUGAUCAGAGGGAGGGUUUGAUAAGAUCUCGCGUAAUAGGAUCUCGACAUGCAACAGGAGAUGUUCUGAUCUUCCUGGAUAGUCACAUUGAAGUGAACAGAGAUUGGGCAGAGCCACUUCUAGCUGUGAUAAAAGCCAAUUCAUCAAUCCUGGCCAUGCCAGUCAUUGAUAUCAUCAACUCAGACACCUUCAACUACUCAAGCAGUCCUCUAGUACGCGGCGGUUUCAACUGGGGCCUCCACUUCAAGUGGGACAACCUUCCGGAAGGGAGUCUGAAGCAAGACACAGAUUUCCUGGGUCCCUUCGAUUCUCCCACCAUGGCGGGCGGAUUAUUUGCAGUGGAUAGGAAAUUCUUCCGGGAUAUGGGAGAAUAUGACAUGGGAAUGGAUAUUUGGGGUGGAGAAAAUCUCGAAAUAUCCUUCCGGACAUGGCAAUGUGGAGGAGCAAUCCAAUUAAUUCCCUGCUCGCGUGUUGGGCACGUCUUCCGGAAACGUCGUCCCUAUGGCUCUCCCGAAGGCACAGACACCAUGAUCAGGAAUUCCCUGCGCCUGGGUCAUGUCUGGAUGGAUGAGUAUCUCAAGUAUUUCCUGCAGCAGCAACCAACAGCCAGGAAUGUAGACUAUGGGGACAUUGGUGAGAGAAAAGCCCUCCGGGAACGUCUAAAAUGCCAUCCCUUCAAAUGGUACCUCGAAAAUAUCUACCCCGAAAUGGAAAUUCCCGGAGAAUCCCGCAAGAAAUUCAAAGGAAAAUCUCUCCCUCAGCCUAACUUUGAGCCCUGGCAUUCACGCAAACGCAACUACAUCUCCAGCUUCACAAUCCGCCUAACAAACACCACACUCUGCGUCACUAACACAGGAGAAAAAGUCAAGGGAUUCUGGAAGAGAGGCAGUACCCUCCAACUGAUGCCCUGCCUCCGAAUGCAGACGCAGGUUUGGUACGAAACAGACAAACACGAACUAAUCCUAGGUCAGCUUCUUUGUCUCGAAGCCUCAACUUCAGCUUCGGGGCACUUUGCGGAGACUCCAGUGCUCAAUAAAUGCCACGAAAUGGGAGGGGAUCAGGAAUGGAAGCAUCAGAGGACGAAAUCCACUCCAAUUUACAAUCUAGCAGCAGGAUUGUGCCUCAGUGCGAAAUCUGUGACCAAAGGAGCUCCCAUCACCAUGUCCAUCUGCUCAGCCAGUAACGAAGAGAAUCUCAAUGCAUGGGAUUUGGUAACAUCACCUCUGGCCACGUGAAGCUCUUCUUCUUCUUCCCUCUUGACCACUUUUCGAGUCAUUCCGCAAGACAAAGUAUGAAUUUGAUAUCAGAACAAUAAAUUGCAAUGUGAAUUUUUUAAGUCUGACAUUAAAGUUUUUUUCGUUUUUAA